AUGGCACAGUACGGCGGAUACGGACGUCAGGGUGCGAAUCCUUUUGAUCAACGAGGCGGCGAGACGCAACAGUACCAACAGCCUUCUUACGGGCAGCCAUCACCACAGUAUGGUCGCCAACCAUACGGUCAACCAGCUAUGGGGCGGGACGACUACGGUGGUCAAAAUGUCGAAAUGGAACCCCUAGCACAGAAUGGUCAGCAAUUCGCACAAGCCGGAGACCCCAACGCAAUUCUCAAUGCCUGCCGCGAUGUCGAUAGAGGUAUCCUGGAGAUCAAAGAGGCUAUGAAAAGAUUGGCCAUACCACAACAGCACGUCCUGGACAACCCGGGAAAUAACUCUAGCAAUGAGCUGGAUUACGCGACUUCCGAGAUCAUGGCCAUGUUCCGCAAUCUGACUGGAAAAGUCAAGGAUAUCAAACUGAAGCCCGAGUCUGGGACACCAAGAAAUGCCCCCCAGGUUGGGAAGGUUGAUCGCGAACUCAAGAAGACCAGAGAAGCAUACCUAGUGUUGGACGCCGAGUUCAACAGAAGAGUCAAGGAACAAGCAGCACGCCAAUACCGGAUUGUUCGCCCAGAUGCUACCGAUGAGGAGGUCCGCGCUGUUGUCGAGGAUAGCAACCAAACAAUGUUCACCCAAGCCCUCAUGCAAAGCGAUCGACGUGGCCAAUCUCAAACCACUUUGAAUGAAGUAAAAUCGCGUAACGCAGCCAUCAAGAAGAUCGAGAGCCAGAUGAUCGAGCUCGCUGAAAUGUUCCAGGAUAUGGACAACCUUGUCGUGCAGCAAGAGGCAGCCGUCGUCAACAUAGAGAUGAAGGGCGAGGAGGUCGUCGAGAAUCUGGACAAAGGAAACGAGCAAAUCGGAACCGCGAUCCAAAGCGCCCGAAACACGAGAAAGUGGAAGUGGUGGUGCCUUGGUAUCUGUGUCCUGAUUGUCAUCAUUAUCGUAGUCGUCGUCCUGAUCUACAAGUUUGUUAUCCAGAACAACGAUACCAAUACUACAACCACCGUCCAGGCCGCCACCCCCAAACGCUUCGUCCUCUCCGACUACCUUCCCGCCUCUAAGCUCGCAAAAAGCCGUCGUGCCGUGCUUGAAAAAGACUCGACGUUGUCUUCUAGAGCCGCUGUUCCAGGCGUGGAAUGGGUCCCGGCGUCGAGGAAGUUACGUCGCUUUGCUGCAUGA